CGAUUUUCGAAUAAACAAGGCGCGAAUGAAUUACCGCUUGCAAAACUUCAUCAACUUUAAGUAGAUUUCAAUUAUUUUAUAAUUCAAUUUAACAGUCAAGAAAACGAUAAAGACCAAGCAAUAAUUUAAAGAAGAUAUUGGGCAAAGAGUCAUAAACUUCCUAAAAACAAAAAAUGGAAUUUUGCGACAAAGCUGAUAACGAAAUUGAGGGAGUUUCACAGCUCUACGCUGGCAAAUCGUUUCCCAAACGUCUAUGGUUACUUUUGUCUAAAAGCUUAGAGUUUAAUUCUGUGAUUCAUUGGAGUGAAGAUGGCCAUUAUGUUGUUAUACCUGUUGAAAGCUACUUUGAGCAAAAAAUACUGCAUAGACGCAAAGGAAAAAUUUUUAAAACUGAGUCGAUGAAGUCUUUUGUGAGGCAGUUAAAUUUGUAUGGAUUUCAUAAAGUGCAGUCUGAAAAAGACGAAGAAUUCUUAUCUUUGUUAAGAUAUAUAGAUAGAAAUCAAUGGCCUCAAGCCGUAUUUAAACAUCCAUAUUUUAUAAAAGGACGGGAUGACUUACUCGAGAAUGUAAAAAGACGUUGCAAUAUUAAACGCAAAAUAAAAAAUGUUCUUCAAAAUUCAGUUGCUUUUGACGAUCAAAAUAUUAGUUUUCAAUAUCCAGUAUACAGCAAUCAAAACAUGGCAUUUAUUACGUCAAACAACUAUCCAUUGAGCAACUCAGGUAAAGAAUCUACUAAACCUUUUUAUCACUUCGAGUGGAGAGCUUUGCAUCCAUACGGCCCGGUACAGUAUUUCAUAUACCCACAAGAAUGUCUAGCUUAUAACACCGUACUUUCUCCAAUUAACCGAUUAGAAACUGAAACCUUUGCUAGUCAAGAUGCUAUUCCACAAGAGUACAACUUCCAAUCUUCAAGCGUUCACACUAAUAAUGAAAACGUUCCUCUUGACACCAAUGAACUUAUAAAUCAGACAUCCCUUGUAUCUUAUUACGAUUCUUUUUGUAAUUUGGCAAAGGAUAUUUAACUAAAUAUAUUAUAUAUUAUAAACUUUCUCCUACGGAAGCAAAAGUUUAA